GACUGUUAUCCUUGAGGUUUCACACGGCUAGUGAGUGAAACUGUACUUCAUAGUUCAUCGUCGACGAAUUGCAAGGAUCAUCGUUCUUCGUCUAUCAUGGAUGAUGAGCAGGAAACGUACAAGCUGUGGAGGAUCAGGAAAACUGUAAUGCAGCUUUGCCACGACAGGGGCUACCUCGUGACUCAGGAUGAGUUGGACCAGACUCUUGAUCAGUUUAAAGAGCAGUUCGGGAACAAGCCGAGCGAAAAGAGGCCCGCGAGGAGCGAUUUGAUCGUCCUGGUCGCUCACAACGACGAUCCGACGGACCAGAUGUUCGUAUUUUUCCCGGACGAACCGAAAAUCGGGAUCAAAACAAUAAAGACGUACUGUCAGCGGAUGCAGGAGGAGAACAUCCAUCGGGCCAUCAUCGUCGUUCAGCAGGGGAUGACGCCUUCUGCUAAGCAAUCACUCGUCGACAUGGCGCCGAAAUACAUCUUGGAGCAGUUCCUCGAGUCAGAGCUUCUCAUCAACAUCACCGAGCACGAGCUGGUUCCGGAGCAUGUUGUCCUCACCCCAGAAGAAAAACAGGAACUCCUCCAGAGGUACACUCUCAAGGAAAACCAGCUCAUGAGGAUUCAAGCGGGAGAUCCUGUCGCGAGGUAUUUCGGCCUCAAGAGAGGCCAAGCGGUGAAAAUAAUCAGGUCUUCUGAAACUGCGGGACGUUACAUUUCCUAUCGGCUCGUCUGCUAAAGUAUCAAAAAAUUCUUUUUCUAUGUGUAUAUUGACUAUAUUCUCCCUUUGAUGUGCAUUGUCAUUUUCUUUUAUUUCUUUAAUAACAAAUUAUUUUUAAUAGCA